AUGCGGCCCCAUCGCCCAGCUCCUUCUCGGCGGAAAUUCAUUCUUGAGCGAGAUCAUGCUGCAAAUACCCAAACGCCGGCAUUUCGCCGUCCACCGCGUUAUAUCGUGUCUGGAAACUACACCCCAUCAGCCACGGAAGAAUCUCCAACUCGACGAGCAGGAGGUAUCUCUCCAGAGACACGGGUUACAGGGAAACGACCAGCUUUUGUUUUACCUAGGUCGCCAUCUCCGCCCAAUCUAGACCAUGCAAACCCAGGCAGUCCACCAUUCUCACCAACAUCCACCCACAGCCUCGGCCGCCGAGGACGGCCCAAAUCCGCUGCUGCUGCUGUUGCAGGCUACGUACCAGGGGGCAUGGCCGAGCAAGUCCGGAAUUGGAUAUUGGAAAUGGGAAUGAAGCGUGAGCAGCAGCCUCACGGCUUGACUGAUCCAGGCCGUUACUCGUUUACGGCGCGAGUUGAAUCUUGCAGAAAUGGGUAUUUGGCGUCUUCGGGGCCUGUGAUUACGGUGCAUGCUACCCAGAUACCAAUUGAGACGAACGAGCGAAAUCCAAUAUCACGGCCUGGCUUGCAGAAAAAUUUACUGCUACUCGGCCAACCAACCUACUCACGACGGGAUAUGCAGCGAGACUCGUCUAUGUCACAAACAAGUCUCACGAACGGCGACGUUAUCGGGAUACACUCCAGUCUGACUUGGGAGAUCGAGCUAGACGAUGACAAGCCUAAUGCAGAGGUAGAACGCAAGGUCAUCGCAUCUUCUCAGUCCCCAUUGAGCGAGGAUGGUGAUGAUGAUGUGAUGGAUACGGAGAGUUCAGUGCGCGGCUUGAAAAAAUGGCAAGUUGCAGCUGAAUGGGAUUUAUUAACGAAGUCAUGA